GAGUCUGGUGGGCCGACAGUCAGCGGGAAGUGAAUUACAUUUAUAACCUUUUCAGGACUUUAAGUGGUAACAGAGUAUUUAACCGUCGUACUGUACUCCGUUAAAGGACCUGAACGCGUCCUCCAGCGCCAGACGGACUCUGACUGACCUUUGUUGGGUCUCCACAGCCGCUCCAGGCCGUGUCUCAUGAGUACGAUGCGAGCGAGCUCCGUGAACGACUCGUGAUGUUGAAGUUGCACAGCGGGCUGACCUCGAAGAACGAGUCCACAACACAGAGUCCACAACACAGAGUCCAACACAGAGUCCAACACAGAGUCCACAACACAGAGUCCAACACAGAGUCCACAACACAGAGUCCACAACACAGAGUCCAACACAGAGUCCACAACACAGAGUCCACAACACAGAGUCCACAACACAGAGUCCAACACAUAGUCCACAACACAGAGUCCAACACAGAGUCCACAACACAGAGUCCAACACAGAGUCCACAACACAGAGUCCACAACACAGAGUCCACCACAGAGUCCAACACAGGGUCCACAACACAGAGUCCACAACACAGAGUCCAACACAGAGUCCAACACAGAGUCCACAACACAGAGUCCAACACAGAGUCCACAACACAGAGUCCAACACAGAGUCCACAACACAGAGUCCACAACACAGAGUCCACAACACAGAGUCCAACACAGAGUCCACCACAGAGAGUCCAACACAGAGUCCACAACACAGAGUCCACAACACAGAGUCCACCACACAGAGUCCACAACACAGAGUCCACAACACAGAGUCCAACACAGAGUCCAACACAGAGUCCACAACACAGAGUCCACCACACAGAGUCCAACACAGAGUCCACAACACAGAGUCCAACACAGAGUCCAACACAGAGUCCACAACACAGAGUCCAACACAGAGUCCAACACAUAGUCCAACACAGAGUCCACAACACAGAGUCCACAACACAGAGUCCAACACAGAGUCCAACACAGAGUCCACAACACAGAGUCCACCACACAGAGUCCACAACACAGAGUCCUACACAGAGUCCACAACACAGAGUCCAACACAGAGUCCACAACACAGAGUCCACAACACAGAGUCCAACACAGAGUCCAACACAGAGUCCACCACAGAGUCCACAACACAGAGUCCAACACAGAGUCCACAACACAGAGUCCACAACACAGAGUCCACCACACAGAGUCCACAACACAGAGUCCACAACACAGAGUCCAACACAGAGUCCACCACACAGAGUCCAACACAGAGUCCAUAACACAGAGUCCAACACAGAGUCCACAACACAGAGUCCACAACACAGAGUCCACCACACAGAGUCCACAACACAGAGUCCACAACACAGAGUCCAACACAGAGUCCAACACAGAGUCCACAACACAGAGUCCACCACACAGAGUCCAACACAGAGUCCAACACAGAGUCCAACACAGAGUCCACAACACAGAGUCCAACACAGAGUCCAACACAGAGUCCAACACAGAGUCCACAACACAGAGUCCACAACACAGAGUCCAACACAGAGUCCAACACAGAGUCCACAACACAGAGUCCACCACACAGAGUCCACAACACAGAGUCCAACACAGAGUCCACAACACAGAGUCCAACACAGAGUCCACAACACAGAGUCCACAACACAGAGUCCACAACACAGAGUCCACAACACAGAGUCCAACACAGAGUCCACCACAGAGUCCACAACACAGAGUCCAACACAGAGUCCACAACACAGAGUCCACCACACAGAGUCCACAACACAGAGUCCACAACACAGAGUCCAACACAGAGUCCACCACACAGAGUCCAACACAGAGUCCACAACACAGAGUCCAACACAGAGUCCACAACACAGAGUCCACCACACAGAGUCCAACACAGAGUCCACAACACAGAGUCCAACACAGAGUCCAACACAGAGUCCAACACAGAGUCCACAACACAGAGUCCACAACACAGAGUCCAACACAGAGUCCACCACACAGAGUCCAACACAGAGUCCACAACACAGAGUCCAACACAGAGUCCACAACACAGAGUCCACCACACAGAGUCCAACACAGAGUCCACAACACAGAGUCCAACACAGAGUCCAACACAGAGUCCACAACACAGAGUCCACAACACAGAGUCCAACACAGAGUCCACAACACAGAGUCCACAACACAGAGUCCAACACAGAGUCCACAACACAGAGUCCACAACACAGAGUCCAACACAGAGUCCAACACAGAGUCCACAACACAGAGUCCACAACACAGAGUCCACAACACAGAGUCCAACACAGAGUCCAACACAGAGUCCACAACACAGAGUCCAACACAGAGUCCACAACACAGAGUCCACAACACAGAGUCCAACACAGAGUCCACAACACAGAGUCCACAACACAGAGUCCACAACACAGAGUCCACAACACAGAGUCCAACACAGAGUCCACAACACAGAGUCCACAACACAGAGUCCACAACACAGAGUCCACAACACAGAGUCCAACACAGAGUCCAACACAGAGUCCACCACACAGAGUCCAACACAGAGUCCACAACACAGAGUCCAACACAGAGUCCACAACACAGAGUCCACCACACAGAGUCCAACACAGAGUCCACAACACAGAGUCCAACACAGAGUCCAACACAGAGUCCACAACACAGAGUCCACAACACAGAGUCCAACACAGAGUCCACAACACAGAGUCCAACACAGAGUCCACAACACAGAGUCCACAACACAGAGUCCAACACAGAGUCCACAACACAGAGUCCACAACACAGAGUCCAACACAGAGUCCACAACACAGAGUCCACAACACAGAGUCCACCACAGAGUCCAACACAGAGUCCACCACAGAGUCCACAACACAGAGUCCAACACAGAGUCCACCACACAGAGUCCAACACAGAGUCCACAACACAGAGUCCACAACACAGAGUCCAACACAGAGUCCACAACACAGAGCCCACCACACAGAGUCCAACACAGAGUCCACAACAGAGUCCACAACACAGAGUCCAACACAGAGUCCACAACACAGAGCCCAACACAGAGUCCACAACACAGAGUCCACAACACAGAGUCCAACACAGAGUCCACAACACAGAGUCCAACACAGAGUCCACAACACAGAGUCCAACACAGAGUCCAACACAGAGUCCACAACACAGAGUCCACAACACAGAGUCCAACACAGAGUCCAACACAGAGUCCACAACACAGAGUCCACCACACAGAGUCCAACACAGAGUCCACAACAGAGUCCACAACACAGAGUCCACAACACAGAGCCCAACACACAGAGUCCAACACAGAGUCCACAACAGAGUCCACAACACAGAGUCCAACACAGAGUCCACAACACAGAGUCCACAACACAGAGUCCAACACAGAGUCCAAAGUCAAAGCUAACAUUAAUGCUAAGCUAGUGGUUAUAUUAGUAACCAACAAUUAUCCCGAUAAUAAAUAUUUACCGUACGAUAUUGUUAAAGUUAUUUUAUCGUCUCAGAGGAGAAAAACAUCUUUAACAUUAU